AUGAAAGAAUCUAAGAAAGGAUUAGAAUUUUCAGAGAUGAUAGAGAAGAUGAUAAUGAAGUUUCUAUAUAAUGAGAUCUAUAUCAACUAUGAAAUGCUGCAUAAAAUUCUGACAGAUAAUGAUGUGAAUCUUGUAGAAGAAGUAGUGAGGCAUUUUGCACUAUUAGCUAUGCAGAUUCAGCAGCAUGCAGUCUCUAUACAUUCAUCAUUCUAUCUGUGGUAUGAAUUGCAUCCGCGCAUUCCGGAGAAUGCUUUGAAAAAGGUGAGGGAGAGAAUAGCAGUUGCAGAUACAACAGAAACAGCAUUUGCAGAUGCAGUAGAAACAGCAGUUGCAGAUGCAGCAGUCACAGCAGUUGCAGACACAGUCAUUGUGAACAUAGAAUCAAGAUUGAAAGAGAUCAGCUAUGCAUACACAAAUGCUAAUGAGUUACUUCUGAACUGA